ACGUGCACGCGCACGAGGCCGCGAACGAAAGCAAAACCUCGGGCGCCCGGAAGUGACGCAAUGAAGAUGGCGGCUACGAACAAAAGUACCGAUCUCUGCAUUCUUGCCCCUGAAACAGCGGCACAGUGCCUUUCAAAGGAUGGGUUGGAAGCAUGCAAGUAUUCAACAGAGAACAGAACGAUGCUACUUGUAGCUCUCAAUACAGAUCUGAGAACCAGUGGGAAGAAAUUUCUCCCUAAUGACAUUAACGGAGGCAAAGUAGAGAAGGUUAAUGGACCAUGUGUUCUUCAAAUUCAGAAAAUCCGCAAUAUUUCUGCACCAAAAGAUAAUGAAGAGUCUCAGGCUGCUCCCAGGAUGCUGCGCUUACAGCUGACUGAUGGCCAAACUAAUUGUACAGCAGUAGAACUUAAUCACUUGUCAAAAAUAAGUCUGAACACUCCACCUGGCACAAAAAUAAAGCUAUUAGGAACUAUUGAAGUGAAAAAUGGAUUCUUGCUUUUGGAUGACACCAACACUGUCGUUCUUGGAGGUGAAGUGGAACAUCUCAUAGAGAAGUGGGAGCUGCAGAGGAGUUUAUCAAAGCACAGUAGAAGCAAUAUUGGAAUAGAAGGAGGACCCCCACCGUUUGUGCCUUUUGGACAGCGAUGUGCAUCAGUUGCUUCAGUAGACAGCAAAGAACUUGAUAGCCGAAAAACUCUGCAAGCUUCCAGUGUGACAAAGGCUGUUGGAGAGAAUGAUGAAUUUGAAAAGCAAAGAACUGCUGCGAUAGCUGAAGUUGCUAAAAGCAAAGAGACAAAGACGUUCGGAGGAGGUGGUAAUGCCGGGAGUAAUCUCAAUCCAGGUGCUGGAGGGAGUCGUAACAGGGAAGUGUUCCAAAGAGAGAAGAUAAUCAGAGCUGAAGGCAAAUCAGAAGGAGUAUAUCGUGAACUGGUAGAUGAAAGAGCGCUGAGACAUAUCACAGAAAUGGGAUUUAGUAAGGAUGCAGCCAGACAGGCACUUAUGGACCACAGUAACAACGUGGAAGCUGCCUUAAAUUCUCUCUUAACAGGCAGCAAACCCAAAGUAGUUCAAGGACCACCACCCAGAGGAAAGGGAAAAGGCAGAGGAAGAACACGUGCUGAAGAAGAUGAUGAAUUAACUAGUGCCAGGCCUUCAGCACCAAGUACUCUAUUUGACUUUUUGGAAUCCAAGAUGGGAAGUUUUUCUAUUGAAGAUAACAAACUGCAGAGUCCGUCUCAGAGCCAGAUACAUCACAAAGCUCUGAAUUUAGAACAGAAUGGUAUAAAGGACUACAACCAGCCACGUCAAUUUAAUCGAAAUGAUACUAGAGCUCCUAGAAAUGAGAAGCCCCCACGAUUUCAGAAGGAAAUUCAAGCUACUCGUCAAUACGAAGGCAACGGGCCUCCAAAAAACAGAGGUCCUCCGAGUUCAUUAGUAGCGGAACAGUGGAUGGAAGAAAGAAAUAAAUGUGAAAGAGGAUAUCCAAGAAAUGAUAGACUAAAGGAUUUUUCCCAUCCUCCAUCUAGCCACCAAAAUGAGGGUUAUAAAAAAUCAUAUACGAAUCCUAUGCAAGGCAGAGGCAUAAAGGGAGGCAACCACACAGAAGUGAAAGAAGAAUUUCACCAUCAAAAUAGUACUACAGAAGGUUCAUAUCAAAAACGUGGUAAAAAAGAUGACCAAAGAUAUAAUUCUGAAUUUCAUACUGACAGGAGAGCACAGACAGGAAACAUUGAAACUUUUAUACCAAAUGAAAAAUGUUUUAGUGCCAAUAAUGAACUAUCUAAUUAUCAAACUAUAUUGAUUAAAGAUGGUGCUAAUGACUUAUCAAAUGGAGAGUUUGAUCCGAAAACAAGACAAUUUGGACCUAUAAAACACAUUGUAACAAAUCUAAAUUCUUCACAUGAUAACAAAAACAAGAUGUUUUCUUCCAACAAUACUAAAAAAAGGUCUGGACCUAUAAAACCAGAAAGACCUCUGGAAGCAGUCUAUUCUGGAUUUAGCUGGAGACAAGGUGAUGAAUGUUUGGCUCUUUACUGGGAGGACAACAAGUAUUACAAAGCUGAAGUAGAAGCUCUUCAUUCUUCUGGAACAACUGCUGUAGUGAAAUUUAGUGACUAUGGAAAUUAUGAAGAAGUGCUACUAGAAAACAUCCGGCCUAUCCAGGCAGAAGCAUGGGAAGAAGAAGAACAUUUUGGGGACUCACUUGAUUUUCGUAGAGGAGGUGAUGGCCAACCAAGAUCUACAAGACCAACACAGCAAUUUUAUCAACCACCCAGAGCCCGAAACUGACUGUUAAGCAAAUCAACCUUGAAGUUGGCAAAGAAGAAAGAAACAGUGCAGAUGUUGGGAAAGAAGCUGUAUAUUUUUCUAAAGAAUCAAAUUGCGGUGUGUCAUUAAUAUCUUGGAUUGAAAAGCAGCAAACAUGAAAUGCUGAGCUUGAGAGAAGAGGCUAUGCAUUUGUCAUCAUUUGCUAAUUAAAAUAAUUUCUAUAAGAUUUGGUUUUUGGUUUUUUUACAUCAAUAAAACCUCAGUGCACUAUG